UUCCGAGUUUGCGGCCCGCUUUCACCAUGGCGCCGCCAUGCGAGGAUGAGGAAGCGCUACUGAAGGUGGAGGUGGAGGCCCGCCCUUGGCCCCGCCGCGCGCUGUUCGCCUCACUCCUUGUAGUCUUGGCGGGCUUGGCGGGCCUUGGGACGGGGAUUCGCACCAGGGGAGUGGCAUCUGACGCUGCCGUCAGCUCACUGGAGAUGAGCUGGGAGGACAUUCCUGACAUCGACAAAGUGGUGGCGCGAGCGGAGGGCUUGAAGCCGAUCGCGCCCGAAGAGCGGGAGCUGCAGGACUUGUUCUACGGCGCCCAGCCUUCCGAGCUGCCUUGGAUCCGCACGGAGUGCGUCAUCGACGUGGUGCAAGCAACUGCGUAUCUGGGCCAAGCUGUGGUCUUCCUGUACAAGGCCAUUGCCUACGACAGCCUGCAGUGCCCGGACAACUCCCCGGUGGGGUGUGCGGUGAGCGUGGCCGGCUUCCUCACCUCCAUGUUUUGGAUCGGCUCCUACCUGUCCUUCGCCGCCAACGCCUGCUCGGACGCCGUGAACUCCAAGGCCUUGUGCGGCGGAGACUGGCUGGCGCUCAUGGCGGACUUUGGCGAGGUGGCCACUGCCGGGGCGGCAGUGAAGGAGGACUGCGACUUCGGCACCGACUGGGCCACGCUGCUGAACAUCACUGGGGACGUGCCCGGCUGGCAGGCCUUCGAGCCCGCCGGCGCCAGUCCCGUGGAGCAGGCCAUCCGGAAGGUCACCGCGAUCCACGAGGCCCAGAGGAAUCGGAACUUCGACAUCGCCCAGUGCGUCUUUGACGUGACCAACUCCGCCUCCUACAUCGUGCGCGUCAUCCUGCAGAUCCGCAGUGCUGCGAGCUCCUGCCCCGAGCCGAGGAAUUGCGCCAUCAACAUCAUGAAUAUUAUUUCCUCCUUCGCGUGGAUUUCCCAAUUCACGGCGUUGGCGGUGUCUGACUGCCAAGAGACGGGCAGCCAAACCGCCCUGUGCACGGCAGACAUCUCAGACCUGGUGGCCGCGCUGACGAAUGGCCCGGCGGCUGGAGUGGCCACCACGUCCGACUGCGCGGACUUGCCGAUCCCUGCGCAGGAGGUGAAGCGCAUAGGGGCAGAGUGAGGACUGGCCAGGUCUCUCAGAAGAUCUUUUGCGAGGAAAGAUGGGCGAUGGCUCGACGCCUGGCGCGGAAAUUGUUUUGAAUCGACGUGGCCCUCGCGGCGUGGUCACAAAGAGGGCCCGCCCAGGGCGCUUAGGCAUGUGUCUCAUUGGGAACCUCUCAUGGCGUGCAGA